UCCCAUCGUUGUCAAGCUAUCCCCUCACCACCUAGCUAGAGCUUCAGUCUUCUUAAAGCCAUUAUAAUGCUUCCUUGUGAUCUCAGAAAUCCCAUCUGAGUUUCCCAUCAUUCUCUAACCAGUGUUGUCUUUGAGUGUGCUUGAGAGAGCUAGAGAAGAAGAAGACUAAGAUAGAGAAAAAGAUGGCAGGGAGGUCUUAUUGUUACAGAGAUGUGCUGCCAUUCACAGCUAUGGUGACUAUGGAGAGCACCAACGUGGGUUUGAACACACUGUUCAAAGCUGCAACCGAUAGAGGGAUGAGCUACCAUGUCUUUGUUGUAUACUCUUAUUCCCUAGCUGCUCUUGCUCUUCUUCCAGCUCCCUUCAUCUCCCACAGAUCAAGGAGGCUUCCUCCUCUGAACUUCUCCAUCAUGAGCAAAAUUCUUCUUCUUGGGCUAAUUGGGAGUUCAUCUCAGAUAAUGGGGUAUACAGGAAUCAGCUAUAGCUCUCCCACGCUUGCUUCUGCAAUCAGCAACCUUGUGCCAGCUUUCACUUUCAUUCUUGCCAUCAUUUUCAGGCUGGAAGAGGUAGCUUUGAAAAGUAGAAGCAGUCAAGCUAAAAUCAUUGGUACCAUAGUUUCACUUGCAGGCGCAUUUGUGGUGACUCUCUAUAAGGGCCCCCGGAUUUUCUUCACUGAUCAAACACAAUCCAUUUUGCUAAACUCAACAGCUUCACAUUCGGACUGGAUCAUUGGAGGCCUUCUGAUAACAGGGGAGUAUAUAUUAGUGACACUAUGGUACAUUGUUCAGGCACGAAUUAUGAAAGAGUACCCAAAUGAAUUAACUGUGAUCUUCUUCUACAAUGUAAUCGUCAGCAUCGUAGCGGCAGUUGUUGCUUUGAUUACAGAAAGAGAUCCAAAUGCUUGGAAGUUGAGACCUGAUAUAUCAUUGGUCUCCAUCAUUUGCUCAGGAUUACUAAGCUCAUUAUUGAACAAUUCUGUGCACACAUGGACCUUGCGUGUGAAGGGACCUGUGUAUGUGACAAUGUUCAAGCCAUUGUCGAUUGCCAUUGCUGUUGUCAUGGGCGUAACAUUCCUUGGUGAUACACUUUUUCUGGGAAGCUUACUUGGAGCAACAAUAAUAUCUGUAGGGUUUUAUACGGUACUAUGGGGAAAAGCUAAAGAAGAGACUGGUGAAGACUCCGGAAGUGAUAGCCUGGAAUCACCACCAAGCAACAAGGCCCCUUUAUUGCAAGCCUAUAAAACUGAGAAUGUCUAAACCAAACUUUUGUAGCAGUAUGUAUAUACAAGGUGAUCAACACCUAUUUUCUCACUGGAAAUGUUGAAUAUUCUGGUCGGAUUUAGCAUUAUUGCAAUAGUUCAUGAGAGGUUAAAAUUGCAUGCCUCACAAGACUCAACCCUCAACCGAUACAUGGUGAAGAACUGAAGAUGUAGUUUCUCAGGUGCAGAAGUUAAAGCCUCAUUCAUCUACGCACUUUUAACUUGUGGAUUUUAAAACAGUCCCCAUUAUGAAAACGGUGUCCUGUGCAAGUCUAAAUACCAGCAUGCAUCUUGGUACGUGCCUAAAUCCCUACACUAUGUAAAUAA